AUGAGCGGCUAUAAUCCCUAUGCCUCAGGGCACGGGCACCAAGGCGAUGGCAUGCAGCAGAUGGACAUGUCGGCCAAUGGACAAAUCAUGGCCCAAGGAGCUGCCAUGGACGCCAUGGUCGGACAAUCUCUCGACGACAUCGUCAGUCAAAACGCCAAACUCAUGCGAAGACAAAGCAUGCCUCAAAUUUAUCAUCCGGGCCAACAACAGCAACAGCAACCACAAGGGACUCAGCCUAUGGACACUGACGACCCAAGACGCAUGUCCAUGAUGGAAUUUACCGGCACAUCUCCGACUGGUCCUCUGGAAUCCUAUCAAUUCAAUCUCCCAAAUUCAGAUAUGGUCGACGCUACAGCUUAUAUGGCCGCCAGCCAGGCCAAUCCCAGCAAUCUAGCCAGACAAACCUCCACCGGUGGAGGCGACCUGGCUAUCGACAAUAGUUUCGCCUCAGCAAGUUCUUUUAUGCCCAUGAUGCCGCCAACCUCAUCCUACCAGUCUCCUGCAAAUCUCUCCAACAUGGACAUGGACCUUAACAGUCCCUACAUCAACACACCUAUGCACAUGUCAUCCAUCGGUUACAACAGUCCGAAUAUCGAUCGUCCGAUGGCCAUGUAUAAUCACCCUUCUUAUCACCACGGAAUGAUGGCUUCUCCUCUCAAUACCUCUGUGCCCAACCACAUGUACACACAAUCUCCAGAAGCUGGUGGGAAUCCAAAUCCUUCUAAAAGGCCGUCACUCGAAAACUCGCAGAGCAGAUCAUCAACAAGCCAAAAUAUGCAAAACACACAUCAACAAUCACGCCAGCCCACACCGCAACGACAAAACACCAAUCGACAACAACCGCAGAACCAGAGGCAACAUUCUGGAUUCAGAGCGCAACCUCAAAAUCCCCAACCUGGUUCAACACAAGACGUAGGCAUGGAUAGAGGCCGAAAUUCGGAUUCAGGACAUCGUUCACCCGAUCCGUCAAAAUAUAACCCGAACAAUCAAGGCUUCAAUUGGCCUACACCAGAAGGCGGAUGGCCAUCCACAAUGACCGGCAGGCCCCACAUGCAUUCUCAAUACAAGAAUGCCUAUUCUUCAACCGGUUUCGACAUGCUUGGGGUUUUGAUGCGUGUCGCAACUCGACCAAAUCCAGAAAUCAACAUUGGCUCGGUCGACUUGUCGUGCGCUUUUGUAGUGUGCGAUGCAGAGAAGGACGACUUUCCUAUCGUUUAUUGUUCAGACAACUUCGAACGACUUACUGGCUACACUCGGCAUAUGAUUCUCGGCAGAAAUUGCAGAUUCUUGCAAUCGCCAGACGGAAAUGUCGAAGCUGGCGUCCGACGCAAAUAUGUCGACGAUGAUUCGGUACUUUAUCUCAAAAACAUGAUCAACCUUCGAAGAGAAGCUCAAAUCUCACUGAUCAACUAUCGACGAGGAGGACAACCGUUCAUGAAUUUACUGACGAUGAUUCCAAUCGCAUGGGAUACAGAUCAGGUCAAGUUCUUUGUGGGAUUCCAAGUCGAUUUGGUAGAACAGCCAAACGCCGUGACUGAUCGAAACCCUGAUGGCACAUAUUCGAUCAACUAUCAAAGAGGCAUGACAAUGCCACGUUACGUCAUGAACGCUCCCGAGUCGACUGUCAACCGAUCAGAGCUUGGCCAGACGAUACCGAGAGACGACGUCUCUGCCAUUCUCAGCACAAUCGGAACCGGAGAAUCUGAUUUCGCCAAACGCAUGUGGGACAAGGUACUGCUCGAGAACACAGACGAUGUCAUCCAUGUUUUGUCUCUCAAGGGUCUGUUCCAGUGGGUUUCUCCAUCGGCGACAAAGGUGCUCGAAUACGAGCCUGGAGAGAUUAUUGGCACAGCACUUUCAUCGAUCUGUCACCCUAGUGAUAUCGUGCCAGUAACCAGAGACCUCAAAGACACCUCUACUGGAGCCUCAGUCAACGUGGUUUUCCGAAUUCGCAGGAAGAACAGCGGUUAUAUGUGGUUCGAGGGUCACGGAUCGCUCCAUACGGAACAAGGCAAAGGUCGCAAAUCGAUUAUCAUGGUAGGAAGAGAGCGUCCGGUUUAUGCGCUCAGCAGGAACGAGUUGACUGGAUCCAACGGAGUCGGGGAAAAUGAGCUUUGGACCAAAAUCUCGACGUCAGGCAUGUUCCUGUUCGUAUCAUCGAACGUCAGACAGCUGCUUGAUCGCCAACCGGAUGAGCUCGUAGGAGUAAGCAUUCAAUCUCUCAUGAGAGCAGACUCCAAGGCCGAGUUUGGACGUGUUCUGGAGCACGCUCGAACUGGCAAGAAAGCAUCGGUCAGACACGAGAUGAUCAAUCGCCGUGGACACGUCCUUCAAGCUUUCACGACAUUGUACCCUGGAGAUGCGACGGAAGGCCUCAAACCGACAUUUAUCGUUGCUCAAACCCGUCUCAUCAAGCACCAGCGGGGCAAUUCAUCAUCUCGACCAGCGCUGAGUCAACGUGGAUCGGAAUCUGUGCUGUCUGGAAGAUUCACACCUGUGACGCCAAUGCUCGUGGGCGACAAUACUCCACAGUCAUUGAUCCAGCUUCAGUCUACCGAUGGUGCAGCCCCCACUUACUCAGGCCAAAAUGGACUUCAGCUUGGUCGCCAGGAUGGUGCAUUGGCUUCUGAGGACAACUUGUUUGACGAACUCAAAACUACCAAGUCAUCUUCUUGGCAGUACGAGAUCAGACAGCUAGAGAAAAAGAAUCGCAUGCUAGCAGAGGAAGUUCAGUCUCUAUUGGCUGCAAAGAAGAAACGAAAGAGGAGAAAGGGUGCUGGUCAGAUGCAGAAGGACUGUGCCAACUGCCACACCAGAGUCACACCCGAGUGGAGGAGAGGCCCAAGCGGACAACGAGACCUUUGCAACAGCUGUGGUCUAAGAUGGGCCAAGCUGAACGGCAGAGUAUCACCUCGAACCAACUCACAGCACUCUGUGCACUCGACAACAUCUGAGAAGGCUUCAAAGAAGUCCCAGUCACCGAUGCAUCCGCCUGGCGUCCACGGAGUCAAGACAGAAUCGACGACCCCGCGUCAGCAGUCACUCGACGCGCUCGCACAGCAUGGUCAGAACAUGAACGCUCCCAGCGGAUACGUUAAUGUCUCCUCACCACAACAGCACCAUGGACCAACAGGGCAUGCGGCAAAUAUGGAAGGUGCCAGCAGAGUUCCUGAGAAGAUCGAAGAAGAAUGA